CCCCACUCUCAUCCAAGUCCGACAGCCGUUUACACACCGUAUUUAAACACGACAUACAAUAUCAAUGUACUUGACUAUAAAGCCAUUCGAGUGCAAGAGACAACGUGCACGCACAACGUCGCCAUCGUGCGCAAAGUUACCAAGGUUGCAAAACGACACUUGUUACUGUGACAUUAUCACGGUAUCGUUCAUGCAGCUAGCAGCUUGCCAAUGGCAGUUGUCAAAGGGGGCGCCGCGAGCGGGCGCCAGACAAGAAAAAGGACUUUCGCUCGUCACAGAAGCCUUGUAACUCUUCAGUGGCUGGUUAUAGCAUUCUUGUUGUAUGGAGGACACGGUGAAAAGCGUUCAUUCCAGCUACUAAGCGGAGUUGCGCAUUUCAGGUGAGGUGGGCGACUGUGCUCCAUUUGCGUUACUGACUGAGUUGGAGCUUAUGCUGUACAGCUGUUAUCUAAUUGCAAGCUUGUAAAUUGUGGGCUGCGCUGCUCAGGCCUUGUUGACUUGUUUGCCUUCCUUGCGCUUGAAAGCGAGAGCAGACUGUUACUUGUGACAGUGUGGGCUCAUAGCAAGUAAUCCUAAUUACUCGCCUAAUUACUACAUCGCCGGUCGGUCCUGCGCUCGGCCCCCCACCGCCCCUGCAGCGAGCCGACCCUUAGUACCGACGCCGACAGCGCGCCCGCCACUGCUGCUCGGAGCGCUGGCGUCUCGCAGUUGGAGGUGCAACCAACUGUGCUCGGCGCCCAAGCAUCCACACAUGCCAACGCUGCCGGGCUGGGGCCGAUGGCUGCUGCCCGCGCGGCCGCAGCGCCGGGGCGGGGCCUCUUCCUCCUGCAGUUCCCCGAUGGAUUUACAGGGAGCUCCCAGCCGCAAUGGGCAACGGUACGGCAGGCGCUCGCUGGCACCGGCGGCUCAGUGGUGUCGUACCUGCCGCCGAAUGUGCUGCUGGUGGCGGCGGCGCGGGAGGCGGCGGCGCGCGUGGGGCUGCAGUUUGGGGCGCUCAUGGCCGACUACCGACAGGAAUUAAAGAUUUCGCCGGAGGCUGCCGCGGCGGUGGCACAGGUGGCGGCGACCUUGGAUAACAGCGGCAGUAGCGAUGGCGGUGGCGGCGGCAGUGGCGGCGGCAGUGGCAGGAGCAGCGAUGCCGGCGGCAGUGGUGCUGGCGGUAGUGGUGGGGAACUGGCUGCCCUUGGGGCUAUGGCAGGCUUGGGGCAGCGGCGCAGGGCAGCAGCCGGGGAGGAGCAGGAGCAGCUGCGGGAGGCCCACGGCCGGCUGGGCGCUGGCGGUGCACUGGGUGCGGCUGCUGGCAGCCGGCGCCCGCAGCUACAGCAGCGCCUGAGGGCGCUGGCAGAGGCGGGCACAGCCCCGCCGGUGCUGGGAAGGCUGCGCACGUGGCGGGAGGCAGCGGCAGUCACGGCAUCGGUAUCACUGGCGACUGCCAAAGCGGGUAGCUCCACGGUGGAGUUUCCCCGGCGGUCACUGCGCUCAGGCGACUGGAACAGCAGUAGCAGCGGGCGAGAGGGCGGCGAGGGAGCGGGGCAGCUGGGGCAACAGCCCUCGCGUGCCAUGAUCCUGCGCCGCCGCCGCAUGCAGCAGACGGCGGCUGGCAUGGACGACUCUGACGAAAUCGAGGCCGAAGUCGUCCUCCACGCAACCGGGCCAGACAGCGCAGACUGGGACGGUGCCGAUGGCGCCGCCAUUGACGCCGCCACGGCGGCGGGCCAGGGCGGCGGCGGUGGUGGCGGCGCGCACGAGCUGUACGGCAUCACUGUACAGCUCGUACCGGAUCUGUCGUACAGUCAACUGCUGACGGUGCAUGAGACGUGGCCCGCGGCGCUGGCAGCGGAGGCUCUGGGUAUGGACCUGGGAGGGGCUGGAGCUGCCGGGGUCGGGGUGGGGGUGGGGAUGGGGGCGGCGGGGGCCGGCGGUAGCGGCGGAGGCGGAGGCGGCGGUGCAGGAUCAGACUCGUGCUUGCCACGGCUGAGCGGUGCGCCGCCGCGGAAGCGGUCACCGUGGAUUCAGGUUUACCUCUGUGCGGAGGAUCUGGAAGCCGGCAUCGCGUGGAUCGCAGCGCGUGACAUCGUGAUCUGGAUCCAGCCCCAAGCACGGCCAACUGUCAGCAACGGCGUCGCAUCUUGGAUCUCGCAAACAGGUGGCCUUACGCCGCAGCAGUACUCCAACCCGGCCGGCGCGGGGCUGCGGCCCUUCUGGCUUGCGGGACUUAUGGGGCAGGGCCAGAUCGUGGGGGUGUCAGACACGGGCGCUGACGUGUCAGGCCAUUGCCUCCUACGGGACCGGCGCUUCCCGGGCAGGUCGCUGUCGGGCCAGUUGUCGGGAAUGCCGCUGCGGUACCAGGCGCCCGGCCACCGCAAGAUCCCCUACUACUACCUGCCAGCCGCUCCAGGAGAGAGCACCGACCCUUCCUACUUCCUGGACUACGCGUUCGGCCACGGCUCACACGUGGUGGCCAGCCUGGUGGGGUCGGUGGAGCUGCCCGUGGUCGGCACGGCGCCUGGAGUGCCGGGGCCGUUCAGGGACAACAACUACACGGGCGCCGCGCCCAUGGCCCGACUGAGUUUCGCCGACCUGGCCACCUCCUCCGCCAGCCUCACCGGACUGAGCUACCCGGGGGACUACGAGUUCGAGGAACAAACCUUCGGACGUCACUACGGCAACGGCGCUCGGCUGUUCUCGUUCAGCUGGGGCGUGAGCGACAGCAGCGGCCUCAGCUAUGGGUCCUGGGGCGCCGCCAUGGACGACUACCUGUGGCGCCACCCCGAGACGCUGGUGGUGGCGGCGGUGGGCAACAACGGUGCCAAUGGGUAUAUGUCCACAGUGCAAACGCCUGGAAGCGCCAAGAACGUGCUGAGCGCGGGCGCCUCCGUCAACCACCCCCGCGACGAGAACCCAUGGGCCAACCAGUGGCUGCCGCUUUUCACCUACCGGGAUGGCCAGGGGCAGACGCAGCAGCAGGCGGUGUGGGUGACGGCUCGCGGCAGCAGUUCCGCCACCUGGCGCAACUUGGUGGAAGACCAGCCGCCCUUCGCCGUGGUGCUGGCCAGCCCGCUACACGCCUGCACACCCCUGCAGCCCGUCCCCGGCUCCGCCUCCCCCUCCCAGUACCAGGGUGCAAUCGUCAUCAUCGACCCAGUCGCCGACACCAGCCCCGAUGGGACGCUGCCCCCGGAUUGCCAGGGGGUCCUGGAUUCGGACAGGGCCAGCUAUGCAAUGGAGGCGGGGGCGGUGGCGGUGUGGUUCGUGUGGCGCUACUACCGUACAGUCCUGUCGGAGGCUUACGUGAUCCAGGGUGUGUCGGUCAUCCCGCUGCCCUACAGCAUCAUCACACGGGAGCAAGGCGACUGGCUGCAACAGGUCAUGACCGACCCGUCCCACUCGGAGUUCCGCUUCCAAAACAUCACCUAUCCGCUGGUCAACGGCGGCGAGGAGUCCCUGGCCUUCUUCAGCUCCUACGGCCCCACGCCGGACGGCCGCUUCAAGCCCGACCUGGUGGCUCCCGGGCAGCGGCUCAUCAGCGCGUCCUCCGGCGCCGGACUGCGAGCCGUCGAGACCUCCUGCUCUCUGGAGAUGCGCUCUCUCGCCGGCACCUCCAUGAGCACCCCUGUGGUGGCGGGCAACCUGGCCAUCGCACGGCAGUACCUCACGGAGGGCUGGUACCCCGCGGGAUGGCGCGGCGCACCCGACUCGGCGCCCUUCGUGCCUUCUGGCCCCCUACUCAAGGCCAUCGCAAUAGCGGGCGCCAAGUCGCUACAGGGCGGACUGGCCCGCGCCCCUGGGCAACUCAUGGGCACGCCUCCUGACGGCUACCAGGGCUGGGGCCGCCUGGACCUGUCGGGUUCCCUGCCACUGCCCGCCGCCGCCGCCGGCAGCAGUCAGCAGCAGCUGCAGCAGCUGCAGCUGCGGUGGCUGCAGGUGGCAGACUGGGGCGAGGUGGCUCAGGGGGAGGUCAUAGAGCUAGGCGGGCUGGUCGCCACGGGCACCGGGCCUGUCACGGCCGCGCUGGUGUGGCCCGACUUCCCGGCCGAACUGAUGAGCUUUAGUCAGACUGUCAACGAUCUGGAUCUGUCGUACCGGCUCAACGACGACCCCACACUUUACACGCUGCGGGAAGACACGGUGAACAACGUGGAGCGGUUGGACCUCCAGCCCGGCACACACCUGGCGCCCGGUGACAGACUCACGCUGGUUAUAACCGGCACCUCGGUCGUACACACGGACCUGUACGGCCCCGGUACGGAUGGCGGCGGGCCGGGCCGGCCGGGAGCGGAGUUGCCUCAGCGCUGGGCGCUGGCGGUGACGGGUCACUUCAGGGGGAUGCUGCAGACGCCGCUGAACCCGGCGUAUGUGCGGCCGCUGCGGCUGCAGGCAUUUAUAAGUGAGGCACGCAGCCAGCUGUCCUUCGCCGUGGGGCUGUGGCCGGCGGCUACAACCGCUUCAGGAGGCAGCAGCAGUAGCAGCAGCAGCGGCAGUAGCAGUGGCAGUGGCUGUGGCGGCUGCAUGCUCGCCGCCGCGGAGGGCGGGCCACUCGCGGCCGCUGGGGGAGACGGCGGCGCCGCCCCUGCCGCCUGCGCCGCCGCCUGCGGGCGCAUGGCGGGCGGUGGCGGCGUGUUCAAAGUGCAGGAGGCGCUUGACUCAGCCACCGGCGCCCCAAGCUACACCUUCACUGACUCCAGGAACCUAUGCCUCACUGUGCGCAAGGGCGCCGGCAGUAGCAGCAGCGUCAGCGGCAGUAGCAGCAGCAGCAGUAGCGGCAGUAGCAGCGGCAGUAGCGGCAGCGGCAGUAGCAGCGAUGCCUGGGGCGGCUGGCUGGGUUCUGCGGCGUCCCUUGAGCCCUGUGACGGCGGGCCCGAGCAGCGCAUGUCGCUGUUCAAAAGCCCCAGGUUCACAUCGGACGUCACCGAUGUCAUCGACGUGUUCCAGAUCUCACCGUCGCCGGUCAGUGACCUGCGGCUCGACAGCGCUGGCGGCGGCUGGCAGCGGCUGUGCCUGCAGGCGCCCCCCGACCCGCUGGCGACCCAGGGGUCUGCUGCUGGGGCGGCUGGGUCCGGCGCCAACGGGGCCGCAGCAGGCUUCAGUCUGGCAGUCUGCGGCAGCGGUGGUGCUGGUGGUGGGGGCAGUGGUGGAAGGCUAGACUUUGUGGUGGCGCCGCUGCCGCCGCGACUGCUGUUCCGAGCCGAGUGGUCGGCGGCCUCCUCCGCCACGCCCCCUCCGGACCUCGACCUACUGGUCUCCUGGACCCCCGCCGACGGCACGAACCCUGGCGCCUCCCUGGCACCCCCCACCCCCGCCACCUUCUCCCUCCGCACGCCGCUACAGCCCCCCGUCGUCGGCUACCCCCGCCCCAGCCAGGACCUCGCCGGUGACGGCUCCUUCUUGCCGCUGCCGUUGCCUGAUCGGGCGCCGGCGGUGGUUGUGCGCGGCGGCCGCCACGGCGGCGACAGCGCGGCGGCGCAGCCGCUGCCGGCGGCGGCAGAGUCUGUGUACUGGCCCCACGACCCGCUGCCGCCGGACGGGGCUGCUACAGCCGCCGGCGUGGCGGGCGCGGCCGACGGCAGCCCGGAUGCUGCAGCCUACCGCGUCUGCGUGCGCGCCAAGGGCAGCGGCGGCGGCAGUAGCACGGCGUCCGUGUCGGCGGAUUUGAGCGUGGUUGUGUCGAUGGAGGUGGCGGGGCGGCGGGUGCAGCAGGAGGCACGUGCCUGGCCCGGAGGAUGGAGCGGGCCCGCGAGUGCCAACGCCAGCACGGCCGACGCCACAGGCAGUAGCAGCAGUAGCGGCAGUAGCGGAGACGGGUUCCAUUGCACGGAGGCCGAUGCCGGAUUCGUGGGUGUGUUCCAGUUUCCCGUGCCGCAGCCGCCGCAGCCGCCCAGCCCGGACUCGGCGCAGCCACCGAGCCCGGACCCGCCCAGUCCGGAGCCGCAGCCGCCGCUACAGCCGCCGCCCAGCCCGGAGCCGCCCAGCCCACAGCCCCCGUCGCCAGAGCCGCCCAGCCCCCACCCGCCGAGCCCGGAGCCGCCGCUACCGCCCAGCCCGGGCCCUCCUUCUCCUGAGCCGCCCAGCCCGCACCCUCCCCUCCCACCGAGCCCUGAACCUCCACAGCCGCCCAGCCCGGAGCCGCCCAGUCCGCAGCCCCCGCAUCCGCCGAGCCCAGAGCCGCCGUCUCCUCAACCUCCCUCGCCGCAACCCCCAAUGCCACCAAAGUCGCCGUCCCCCGCACCACCCCGGAAGCGACGCAUCCCGCCUAGCCCGCUGGGCGCGGCGCCGCCCCCAACGCCCUUGCUGCCCCCCUCACCCUCGCCGCCCCUGCCGCCCCCGCCUCCUCCCUCACCACCCGGUGGCAGGGGCAGGCGGCGGCCGCCGCCGAGCUCGCCGGCACCGCCGGCACCGAAGGUCAAGAGGCGCAAGCAGCCGCCGCCAUCGCCGGCGCGGGCAGCGGAUUGAUGGGUUGUUGCUUCAGUAGCGUAAGCAUAUCAGAUUAUGUCAACAGCUCGGGUUGAUUAAGUACAGUGGCAGUGGCGGUGAGUUACGUACAUAGUCACGCGUCGUCACUUGCUGGGACGAUGAAGAUAUACGUAGUUUGGAUCAAACUACCGUACUGUGCUGAAGACAUGUUACGUGUGUAUGUCCGAUGUGGAUUUCCAUGCGGCAACAUAGGUGUGUGUAUGCAUGGCAUGCGCGGAUGAUCGGGGCGGUGACCAGCACGCAUGCAUCCAGCACAACGCAACAGGCAUAUGAGGCAUUGAUGGUUUGACAACGCUGAUUUCAAAGCAGUACUAAUGACUGAAGACAAGAGUUGUCACAGCAACGCAAAGCACGGCCCCAGUGCGGUUCAGGGGAUGCACAGGGACGUGUUAUAAUUCGGGUGACUCACUCAGGAAACAAUUCUUAUGAACGCCUUCGUGCUGUGUGAGCUGAGGCCCGGAUUAGACCCGUAUAACGCUCCAAUGCUGCUUUGACGACUGUCAUUUCAAGGUAGGCUAUUCCGCUAUUGUGUCUGUGUGUGCGUUGAGUGGAUGGCGGGUUGAGGAUGAGGGUCAGGGGGCAAUGCGGGGAAAUGCAUGGGCACCCGAGGGGGCGUGGGGGAGGGCCUUGGAGGAGGCCACUCCUUCCAUUCUGUGUUUUUGCACCGGGCCGUCGGAUGGCAGAUCAUGUUGGUGAAGAUGAGCAACCGAAUGGUUACAAGAGGUGUCAAGGCAGGCGCUGCAGACAUGUACGGGGUAGUGUUGAGGGUGUGCGGCCCUGUGUGUGCGAAGUUGGGCCCGCACGCCCCGGGGUCCGCAGCCUGCCGCACCACGCAUGGCGAUUGGGGGAAGUAAUCAGGGAUUGCAGGUCUGGAGCCGUCUGGUCGGGGUUGUGGUGGCUGUUAAAAACGGAGCGUAUGCAGCGAUGAAAUUGAUGAGACGUCCGUGCUGGUGUCAGCCGUGGUAUUAGCCUGGGAAACUGCGAUCCAUGAUGACGUGGGUCAGGGUGGGUGCUGCUUUCUUGUGUGCGUCGUGGCUAGUGAAGGGUCCGGCGGGAAGCUUGUUACAGAAUGUGUCCGUGACAGACAUUGGUUCCAGGGAGGUUGGGUUUGAAGGACCGCGGGGGUCGAGGCGAGGCUGGGCUCGGGCGGCGCAGGCUAGGGAGUAGGGACGUGGGGACAGGUGGGGAUUGUCACUUGGGAAGGAUGAUAGAGGAGG